UCGCAGCGAGGAGGAGAAAGGAGGGUUUGAGCUCUGGCUGCUUUAAUUGUGCAGUUUUGCACACAAAAAAAACAACAACAAAAAAAAAAAGGCUGCAGCGGAGAUUCAGAGGCGAUAAUUGGGACCAUGAGGACAAGUACAUGCUGACCAGAGGAGAUAUGUUGACGCUGCCAUUCGAGGACCCUCAUAUGAUGUGCGAGCCGCGCUUUGGUGCCAACUAUCCCCGCGAAAGCCUGCCUGACAGCCUGCAACAGCAGGAGCGACAACAGCGCCCCGCAGCCAGAUCCGACCCGGAGAUGAUGAGGGAGGCCGAGGACGACCUUUCCGACAGAGAGGAAGACGAGAGAGAGGACGACCAGGACGAGAACGGGCUACAGAAGAAACGGGGGCCGCGGAAAAAGAGGCCCGGCAAGGAGCAGGUGGACAGGGCCAAACUCCGGCGCCAGGAAGCCAACGCCCGGGAGCGCAGCCGGAUGCACGGCUUGAACGCCGCGCUGGAGAGUCUGCGCAAAGUUGUGCCGUGCUAUUCGAAAACUCAGAAACUGUCCAAGAUCGAGACGCUAAGACUGGCAAAGAAUUACAUCUGGGCCCUAUCAGAGACCCUGAGCGCGGGGAAGAGACCGGACCUCCUCGCUUUUGUGCAAACUUUGUGCAAAGGAUUAUCUCAGCCAACCACCAACUUGGUGGCGGGCUGUUUGCAGCUGAAUGCCAGAAAUUUCCUCACGGAUCACAAUGGAGAGGUGAUGUUUUCUGGCAGGUCGCCUUACGAAGCUAUGUACUCGUACACCAGCUCGGACAUGAACUCGCCUCCGGGCCACAGCGGCGGCGCGCUGGACUCCGGCUCCAAGCCUUUCCGACACUACAGCUACAGCAGCGCCUACGAAACUUACUUCGAGAACCCGUCCCCGGACAGUGGGAGCCCGCAUUUCGACGGCCAGCUGAGCCCCCCGAUGAACUUCAAUGGAAUUUUUUCCCUAAAACACGACGACCCGCAAGAUUAUGGGAAAAGCAGCCACUAUGGCGUGCGCUAUUGUGGCGCGCCAGGGCGCUCGGCCCUCGCACCGAACUCAAUGUACCGAGUCUCCCCAGAGGCCCGUUUCCCCUACGACCUGCACGUCCGCAGCCAGUCCUUCCAGACGCAGGGGGAGGUCAAUGGCUCUUACCACAACUGAUUCAUCACAUGGGACAAAGUGCAAACUUAAGAUGCAAAUUUCUCUGCACAAAAGUAAAAAGUGAAAGAAAGAAAAAAAAAAAC